AUGCCAAUCCUAGAUACAGGCAACAUGGAAUUGACAAGAUCUACAAAAUGGACCCCAGUUAUUGGGUACAACAGCUCAACAUUAACAGAGUCUAUUUCAUACCAGCCAGCAUUCAGAAAAUACAAAUGUGAAGAAGAUGUUGCUAGCAAAGACCAAAACACAGUGAUGACAUUAGAUAGUUCAAUAGAUAGCCUCUAUGGAGAGAUAAAACACAGACAUUUCUCAGAAGUUCUAAGUGUGUUGAGUUCGAAAGCAAAGCUGUUGAAAAAUGAAGAUAUCAAAGCAUUAGGCAUACAAGAAAUGAAGCACUAUGUCACAACAAAACUGCAACAUGUUGCAUUAUUUAAACAAAAUCUAGUCAACCAUGUAUUAGCUUGCGAAACAAUAAUAUCAGAUAUGAGUAAAAAAUUCGAAAAUCUAAAGUGUACUGAAACAGAAAUGUUAAAUAAUCGAAAUAAAAAGUCAAAUUUUACAUUUGUUGAUGAGAAUUUUGGUACUGAUAUACAUAUUUAUAAUAGUUUGCGGCUAAUGUGUCUUCUUAGUUUGACUCAGGGUUUGUCUUAUGAUGAAUACAAUUCCCUUGUUAGUAAAUAUUUGAUUGCUUUUGGAUACAAGUAUCUCUAUGUGUUCCAUAAUUUGGUUAAUGCUGGCUUGUUGGUACAACCCUCUAGUCCUAAACUUUCCCUUAGUAUUUCCAAUUUAAGUGACAGGCUACCUAAAUGGCAAAGUGGGUUUCAAGUGACCGCCAAUAAAUUGAAGCAGCUGCCUCCUCAGCCAGAUAAGGUUAGCAAGUCAUCUCCGAGUUAUGUCUUCAAUGGUGGAUAUGUUCCACUCACUGCAGUUAUAUGUAACACAGUUUUAACAUCGGAAUCUCUAGCUGAAAUUUUCACUAAAUUAUCAGCAUUGCCAGACCUGAGAGUUGGUGGGGAUAUUCUUGAAAAAUUCAGCAAUGGGAUGGAGACAUUGAAUCAGAAAUUAUCAGACUUAAAACUACAAAGUGACUUGGGAGUAUGGGUGCAAAGAUGCCAAGGGGUUGGCAAAGUUAUUGAAGAGUGAGCCUAAUAUUGGUAACAUAUUUCCUCUAAAACCUAAAAGUGUAUUUGUGUACAUGAUUGGUGGUGUAAAUUAUGCUGAAAUAGCUGCCUGUGAUCUCGUACAGAUUUCAACUGGAAGCAAAAUAUAUAUAGCCAGUGACUGUGUGGCAAGUGGCAGAGAUUUGUUGGUAGCCAACACAUGAAUAUCAUAGAAACAAGUACAGGGAUUAAGAUCUGUUAAUACAUUUUCAAAAUGUAUAUUUUUUUUUUUUUUUUUACAACACAGAUGGCAAACGAGCAUGCGGCUCACCUGAUGGUAAGUGACUACCGCCGCCCCUGGUCACCCACAACACCUACGGCAUUGCAGGUGUGCUGCCGUAUGUGUUAUUAUGUGUGUAAAAUAUUAAAUAAACUCUCCUAUAUUAUUAUACUCAUAAAUGUGAAAGUCUGUAAAGAUGUAUGUUGUUAUGUAUAUGUUAAUCAUGCUUAAACAAUUGUAUAUGUUAUUAAUUUUUAUUUAACGCAGUAAGAUAAUGUUCAAGAAUCUUUUUUAUAUAUUUUAAAAUUUUAUCAAUUUC